GCCCGAAGAAGAAAUUUUUGAACACAGAAGUUUCAGAUAGAGAAUUUAAUUAUUGUGUGUCCUUAAAUAUCUGAACCGGAAAGAGUGGCUUCGGGGAAACGUGCAGGAAGCAUUUAAUUACCCCCCAGUGAUUUUCUCCAUUUGGUUUUUCCUCCCCAGGCCCUUCCAAUGGGACAGCCUCGCUGCGGCCUCCUGCAGCUCCUCCUCCCUGCCGGGCCAACGAGGCGCGGGGGGCGGGGACUACCGCUGGGCCUGCGGAGACCGCCCGCCCGGCUCGCCCGAGCUCGCCCGCUGCUCGCCAGCUCCUGGAAGGAGGAGAGAAUUCGAAUGCUUCCGCGGUUGGCUACUUAGUGUCCUAGUCGCAAGUUGCCUAACGUUGCGGCUGGCUUUCCUAAUACAGAAACGUCGUUUCUUUUUAGUACUCCCGAAGACACAGAAUAGCCGUCAAGCUGGCGGAAGCAAUGGUUCACAUAAAGAAAGGCGAGCUGACCCAGGAGGAAAAGGAGCUGCUGGAAGUCAUCGGAAAAGGUACUAUCCAAGAAGCUGGAACAUUGUUAGGCAGCAAGAAUGUGCGUGUCAACUGCUUGGAUGAGAAUGGAAUGACUCCUCUAAUGCAUGCUGCAUAUAAAGGAAAACUUGAUAUGUGCAAAUUACUUUUACGACAUGGAGCUGAUGUAAAUUGUCAUCAACAUGAACAUGGAUACACAGCCCUCAUGUUUGCUGCACUUUCUGGUAAUAAAGACAUCACGUGGGUAAUGCUAGAAGCUGGUGCCGAAACAGAUGUUGUCAACUCUGUAGGAAGAACAGCAGCUCAGAUGGCAGCCUUUGUGGGUCAACAUGAUUGUGUGACUAUAAUCAACAAUUUCUUUCCUCGAGAGAAACUGGAUUAUUACACUAAGCCCCAGGGACUGGAUAAAGAACCAAAACUGCCCCCAAAGUUGGCAGGCCCACUGCACAAAAUUAUCACUACAACAAAUCUUCAUCCUGUCAAGAUUGUGAUGCUUAUAAACGAGAAUCCUCUGCUGGCAGAAGAAGCAGCUCUGAAUAAAUGCUACAAGGUGAUGGAUUUGAUUUGUGAGAAAUGUAUGAAGCAAAGAGACAUGAAUGAAGUACUGGCUAUGAAAAUGCAUUACAUCAGCUGUAUCUUUCAGAAAUGUAUUAACUUCUUAAAGGACAGAGAAAAUAAAUUGGACACUCUGAUCAAAAGCUUGUUAAAAGGCCGAGCGUCUGAUGGCUUUCCAGUAUAUCAAGAAAAGAUCAUUCGAGAAAGCAUCAGAAAAUUCCCUUAUUGUGAAGCUACUCUCCUCCAGCAGCUGGUGCGAAGCAUUGCUCCUGUCGAAGUCGGUUCUGAUCCCACUGCAUUCUCUGUGCUUACCCAAGCCAUCACUGGUCAGGUGGGUUUUGUGGAUGUUGAAUUUUGCACUACCUGUGGAGAAAAAGGAGCAAGUAAAAGAUGCUCAGUGUGCAAAAUGGUAAUAUAUUGUGAUCAGACCUGCCAGAAAACACACUGGUUUGCACAUAAGAAAAUCUGUAAGAAUCUCAAGGACAUUUAUGAGAAGCAACAGUUGGAGGCUGCCAAGGCAAAGAGUGAAGAGGAGAACAAUAGCAAACUUGACGUCAAUUCUAAUUGUGUUGGUGAAGAGCGGCCGGAGGAGGCUGAAACGAGAAUCUGCCAAGAGAAUGACAAUCCUAAGGAUUCUGAGGAAGGCGAGAAAGAAUCUCUGCAGAGUGAUGCUGGGCUGGAAGGCUCACAGGAGGCUGCUGUAGGUCUGCAGGUGUCUGAGGAGUAAGGGCCAGAGAGUGUCUGAGCAAGUGCAGGCAGUCUUCACCUGGCAGGUAGCUGGGAACUCACAUGAUUGCGUCCUGCUUGGCUCCACACCUGCCUGGCACUGUGGCGGGAUUCCACAUUUCACAGAAUAUGUGCUUUCCAGCAAGACCCUGUCCACCACGCCCUGACUUCAUACUGAUUCUGUUGUAUAAUAGGACAGAUAUUCCUGGAGAAAAAGACGUUUUUUCGAAAUGCAGGAGAAACAUUUUUAUUCCCUUUCUGAGGCAGGCUUCCCAGCAGUUGUUCUCAAAGGAAAAUAAAUUUCCUUUUAAAAAAGAAAUAUAUGUUCUUGGGAACAAAGAGGCAAGCAGAACAGUUGUAGGAGAGAGGAGAUUUUCAGGAAAAGAAAAAUUUUAUAGCCAUAGAGAUGGGUAGUUAGAAUCAUAACUUAUAUGUAAAUAAAAUACUUUAUAUAAAUAGCAUUUAUGGUAAAGUGCUACUUAUUAAGAUGCAAUAAAAUGAAGAAAAGCUACAUCUUAAAGGAGCUCUGACAUAGUUCAGCUAAUUGUAGUUUUCUAUAGAAUUUAUCCUGAGCAGACUGAACUUUAUGUAGUUCCUGCAGUGACAUUUUAUCUACAGUAUUUGUACCUUCAGAAAUGUCAGAUCCCCCAGGAGGAACUGAGGUAUAGCCACAGUUAUCUCAGCAUGUGCAUUAAAAAAAUAUGUUUGAUGAAAUUGUUGAUUAAACAAAGACUAAACAUACUGUGUCCACAGUUACUAUAAAACUGACUCAUGUGCCGUUUUCCACUUGAAAGGCUGUGACCUUCCUGUAAGCUUUUCACGGGGUUCUUCUUGUCCAUGAAAGAUUUGUCUGAUUAUAUAACUUGUCUGAUUUCUAACUGUCAUUUAUAGGCUGUGCUGGCAUCAGUUUUUAGUGUCUGAGUAUUUAAAUCGACCUAGAGUGAGAUUUGAAGAUAGUGCUGUGUUUCAAAGUUCCUGUGUGUUGAUUGUAAAAUAAAUUGUGCCUACUAAUAGAGCCAA